AUGUUGUUUGUCAACUCUCUUUGUGAUGGCAAGGGCUAUGCGGGUUGGAGUAGAGCUUUUGUUAUUGCUCUUUCAGCUAAGAACAAGCUUGGCAUGAUUGAUGGAAGCACUGUGAGAAAUCUAGAAAGAAUUAGCAACAAGGUUUGGUCAGUGCAUAGGAGCACAACUCUAUCAAGUGCAAAAGGAACUAUCAGAUGUAGACAUGCAGUGCAAGGUAACUUAGACAUAGCAAGUUAUUUUACUAAGUUUAAGAAAAUUUGGGAUGAGCUUGAUGCAAUCAUUACUUUUGAUCAUUGCACCUGCAAGUGUAUUUGUGGAUGUAAAGUCAAAACAAUCAAGUCUCAUCAGGAUGGAAGGUUGAUUCAGUUCCUCAUGGUACUGAACAACAGCCACUCUAGUGUCAAAAGAACCAUCCUGAUGAUGAACCCUUUACCUACGGUUAGUUCUGCUUAUUUUUUGCUCAUUCAAGAUGAAAAACAAAAGGAGGUGCACAGGGAAGCACACCCCUCUGAGUCUGCUUUCAUGGUUUCAAACCCAAGGUUCAGUAGUGGUCAAAGAUUUGCUAACAACAACACUCAGAAAAACAACAACAAUGGUGCAAGGUUUGGUAACAACUAUCAAAAAUAUGGUUGGUCUGAUGGAAAACUCAAGGGGAACUUUAACAAACAGAAUUCAGGAUUGUUUUGCACAAACUGCAAGAUGACUAAUCAUAAUGUUUCUAAGUGUUACAGGCUAAUUGGUUUUCCCCCAGAUUUCAAAUUUACCAGACCUAAGAAGAAUAGAUUUCAGACUCAUACCAAUGCAACAUCUGUGGUUUCAGACCAAAACAACAAUCAUGCAGCACCUGAUGGUAAUUUUUCCACUUUUAGAAAGCAAAUGACUCCUGAACAACACAGUCAGUUGGUGACCCUUUUGCAGCACUAUGAAGGACAAGAUGAUGCAAGCUGUUGA